GACAGUCUGCAGGCCCCUGCAGUGAGUGCGGUGCAACUGGAAGAGAGCUGGCCGGCUGGGGAGGUGGAGGACGGGGAGAGAAGAGGAAGGAGGCUCCGGGAGCAAGCGAGACAAAAAGGGUCAGGCCUGGGACUUGGGAAAAUCGGGAGAGCGGAGAGAAGAAGGAUCAUCUCUUUUUUUUGUUCCUUUGAGUUUAUUUUCACCUCAUCUACAUCGCCCCCGUUAUUAGAUAUCACCCAUAGACUCUUGAUGAUGCCGUCCAACACUGUCACCAACACCACUGCAUUUAAAGGCUCAGGCUACACUGAUUCACCUGGAAACAGAAUGGGUGAAAGCACACUACUGGACAUGGACCUGAUGACAGAGGAGAAGUCGGCUAAAAGUAGUGCCUCUUGUAAAGUUGGCAAGCCUGGAAGAAAGCGCAAGCAGUUUCCAGUCGAUAGCUGUGGCUCUCUCAAAGCCAGUGUGGGUGUGGACAACAUCUACACUGGGGUGGGUAGGCCGUCCAUGGCCCAGGUCCACAAUGGUAACGUGGGUGGGCACAGAGACAGGACGUCCGACGCCUGCUUCCCAAAACAGGAGAAGAGGGAAGUGGAGAACGGGAUCCCCAGAGAUCCUUCCUCUUGCCGGGCAGAGGACAGCUCCCAGGGUCAGAGCCUGAGCCCGUCCCCAGAGAACGGAUUCCUGCCUAGCCGGGAAGACCAGGACUUGGAGAAAGACAAGGACGACAGCCUGACGACGCCGCACAAGAAACGCGGGAGGCGGAAACUGGAGCGGCCAACGAAAUAUGUGGAGCACAAGGAGGAGGACGGGCGUGAUGCAGUCAAGACCGAGGGAGGUCGAGGCAGGAGGGGAGUUGGUUGGGAGAUCAGCCUUCGUCAGAGGCCCAUGCCCAGAAUAACCUUCCAGGCUGGUGACCCUUAUUACAUUAGCAAGCGGACCAGAGAGGAGUGGCUGGCCAAGUGGAAGAUGGAGGCAGAGAAAAAGUCCAAACUGAUGUCAGCGAUGAAUGCGAUGAAAGAUCAUGAGGAGAAUGAAACAGAGACCCAGAAAGAAGAAGUCUCAAUAAUUAAGCACCCAUCGCCUUCAAAGCAGCAGCAGCAGCAGCAGCAGCAGCAGCAGCAGCAGCAGCCUCAGUCGCACAUUCAGUCACAGCCUCAGUAUCAACAGCAAUCACAGCGGUCGCUGCCACAACAACAUCAGCAGCCACCUCCUCAGCAGCAGCAGCAGCAGCAGCCUACUGACCCCGCUUCCCCCACUGUGGCCACGACCCCUGAGCCCGUCGCCAUCGGAGGUGGAGACAAGACGUCCCCCAAGCCUGCAGACACUGAGCCGGAGUAUGAGGACGGUCGUGGUUUUGGCAUUGGCGAGCUGGUUUGGGGGAAGCUUCGAGGGUUCUCAUGGUGGCCAGGCCGCAUUGUAUCCUGGUGGAUGACGGGACGGAGCAGAGCAGCUGAGGGAACCAGAUGGGUUAUGUGGUUUGGAGAUGGAAAAUUCUCAGUGGUCUGUGUAGAAAAACUCAUGCCUUUAAGUUCCUUCAAUAAUGCCUUUCACCAACCAACUUACAACAAGCAGCCCAUGUACAAGAAAGCCAUCUAUGAGGUGCUACAGGCGGCUAGCAGCCGGGCAGGCAAAGCCUUCAUGGCCUGCCCCGACAGUGAUGAGACAGAAACCUCCAAAUCAGUGGAAAUGCUGAACAAGCAGAUGAUUGACUGGGCUAUGACAGGAUUUCAGCCCACUGGACCCAAGGGUUUAGAGCCACCAGAAGAGGAGCGUAACCCAUACAAAGAGGUUUACCCUGAGAUGUGGGUGGAGCCUGAAGCAGCAGCCUAUACGCCUCCUCCAGCCAAAAAGCCUCGCAAAAGCACAGCAGAGAAACCCAAGGUCAAGGACAUCAUUGAUGAGAGGACACGAGAACGGCUUGUUAAUGAAGUAAGACAAAAGUGCCGCAGCAUAGAGGACAUCUGUAUCUCCUGUGGAAGUCUGAAUGUUAGCAUUGAGCACCCGCUGUUUGCUGGAGGAAUGUGCCAGAGCUGUAAGAACUGCUUCCUAGAAUGUGCGUAUCAAUAUGACGACGAUGGUUACCAGUCAUACUGCACUAUCUGCUGCGGAGGAAGAGAGGUGCUCAUGUGCGGAAACAACAACUGCUGUCGGUGUUUCUGUGUGGAGUGUGUCGACCUCCUCGUUGGUCAAGGAGCAGCCCACGCAGCCAUCAAAGAGGACCCGUGGAACUGCUACAUGUGUGGUCAGAAGGGUGUGUUUGGUCUACUGGGGCGUCGCACUGACUGGCCCAGCCGUCUCCAGCACUUCUUUGCAAAUAAUCAUGAACAAGAUUUUGAUGCACCAACACUUUACCCCCCAGUUAUGGUGGAGAAGAGGAAGCCCAUUCGUGUCCUGUCGCUAUUUGACGGCAUAGCAACAGGGCUUUUGGUGCUGAAAGAACUUGGCAUCCAAGUGGAUCGCUAUGUAGCUUCUGAAGUGUGCGAAGACUCCAUCACUGUGGGUAUCGUCCGGCAUCAGGGUCGCAUCAUGUAUGUUGGUGAUGUGAGGAAUGUCACACGCAAACAUAUACAGGAGUGGGGUCCUUUUGACCUAGUUAUUGGUGGAAGCCCAUGCAAUGACCUCUCUAUAGUCAAUCCUGCAAGGAAAGGUCUUUAUGAGGGCACCGGCCGCCUGUUCUUUGAGUUUUACAGGCUGCUCCAUGAGGCUCGACCGAAGAACGGGGAAAAUCGGCCUUUCUUCUGGCUCUUUGAAAAUGUGGUUGCCAUGGGUGUCAGCGAUAAGAGGGACAUAUCUCGGUUUUUAGAGUGCAACCCAGUGAUGAUCGAUGCCAAGGAAGUGUCUGCUGCCCACCGCGCCCGCUACUUCUGGGGUAACCUUCCUGGCAUGAACAGGUUGGUGUCUGAAUGGCCUUUGAGUGCUAUGUACAAUGACAGGGUGGACCUCCAGGACUGUUUAGAACACGGCAGAACAGCUAAGUUUGACAAGGUGAGGACCAUCACCACCAGGUCUAAUUCCAUCAAGCAGGGCAAGGACCAGCACUUCCCUGUCUACAUGAACGAGAAGGAAGACAUACUCUGGUGCACUGAGAUGGAGAGGAUCUUUGGCUUCCCAGUCCACUAUACGGACGUGUCCAACAUGAGCCGACUGGCAAGGCAAAGGCUCCUGGGAAGAUCAUGGAGCGUCCCGGUUAUCCGCCACCUGUUUGCACCACUCAAAGAUUACUUUGCCUGUGUUUGAGCAGCAAGAAAACUCGCUCGGAACCAUUUAGGAACUACAACUCUAUAUGUUGUGACUAGAAAUAAGAGCCUUGAUCCUCAGAUUAUACUCUUGUAUGAUCUGCGAGCGAAACGUUGACGUAGAUUUCACAUUAUUUCUUGUGUUUGAAUUGUAAUUCUUAUUCUAUUUAAUUUUGAUAUGUCAUUUUACCUUUUAGCAGUGUUAUCAAGUAUUGUUGAUUUGUUUGUGCAAGCUAUACUUGAGACUAUGCUUUCUUCUCAAGACACUGAGACAGAAAAGUGCUAAACCUGUAUUUUUAAAAGAGACGGCAAUGCGAUGGGAAAGACCUGAAAGAUAGGAAAUGGUUUUGAGAUAUGUGAAAUGUUUCUGCUGUGUGAGCGUACUGUAUGUCGGAGCUGCGAGAGUCCCACGUGCAGUGCGGCCAUGCUUCCAGCUACUGAGCCUCACAGAGAUGUGAAGAGAAAGGCGGUUUUUCUUUAGUGUCAGGAGAGCCGUCUCUAAAAAAAAAAUCCAAAACACCAGAUCACAUAUACCUCUUUGUUUACAGUUUCUAUACACAACUGAAGGUAAUAAAGGUACUACUGUAAAAUGGUUACAAUACCAUGGUGCUCCAAGAUGAUGAAAAACAUCACAGCCCAUGUGGCACUACAAGUUUAGACAAUACGGAGCUCUUUAACCUGUUGCUGGAAAAAAAAAAACUUGUGUUUGAUGUUGAGAAAAAAAACAACCCAAUUCUGUUCUGUGACGUUUUGUUCACUUCAAAGGAAAGUGACAGACAGUAGACUGCAAAAUGGAGUAUCGGCUCUUUUCUGCAUUUUACAGCUUUUAUACAGUUUGUACUGGUGCUCAUUUACUCUCUCAGCCUUGCCACACUCAGGCUUACUGCCUGGAUCUGCACAAACAGAAAGUGAAGCUAGCCACAUGGGCAAUGGUGUUUUCUGUCAUUAAAAAAUACAACAACAACUUACGUCUGUGAAACUAGUUUUUUCUAGUUUCAUCCUGACCAAUGACAUUACUGUACAACUGUUAGUAAGUGUGGAGAGGGAGGGUGACCAGGCCGGGUAACUCUCCUCAUCAGCUUCCACCUCUCUAAACUGAAAAACUGUCAGGUGCAAAUCCUCAAACAAUAUGGUGCGGCUUCACAAAGUUCUUCUACCUUUUUAUAGCAAUUUUGUGCUGUUUUAUCAACAUUAUAAAGCACUUUUAUAUGUAUACUUUCUUUUUUUUUUUCUUGAUAUUUUAAAAAGAAAUAUUGGUUCUUGUGAAUUGUUUUUUGUUGUUUUGUUUUAUGAUGUGAACUGAUCUACCCUCGUGUAAUACUUUUUGUAUACAGUAGGGCUGUGCCAACAGAAGUGAAAGAAUGGAUUUUGAUAUGUGAAACCCGUGUUAUUUGACUCAGUCUACAGUAGAUGGAUUGACAUUUGUUACCCCCUUCCUCCAUCAUCCAUAUUGUUCCCUGUUUUAAAGCAGCGAUACAGUAUGUUACUACCCAGAUUCAAAGAAUGUUUAUUUCUAUUAAGAUUGUAAAAUGUAACACAGAGUUGGGGAACUACGUCAUGCGCUUUGUAUAAUAUUUUGUCCCUUGUGAAGGACAGUUCACCCUUUGCCAUUUCCCUGAUUAAUCGUAGUCGUCAUGUUGACAAAUUUAAGUGCUGAUCCAAAUUUGGAUUACAUUCACACACUAAAUUCUCUUGAUUGUAACCUCUAAGAUAAAUAUGGAGGAUUUAGGCUGCAGUUUGUCAAAACGAAAAACUGACACAGUGUUUGACGAAGAUUUCUGCACUCAAAGACUAAAGAGGGUAAUAAAAAACAGAUGUUAUCGCUUAUCUAUAUCAUAUUUAAGAUUCUAAAUUUGAAAUUUCAUUUCUUAUUGUAAUUAAUUUCUUAAGUGACCUUAUUGCCAUCAUGUUUGUCCAUGCACACUAGGCUCAAUGUGAGCUAUCGUGCUUUGUGAUAUUUUAACCAGAUGUUAUUUCCCCCCUCCUCCUAUAAUACUUAACAUCCCCUCACGUUUGUACAUUUUGUACAUAGUUGUUUUCCGGUUGCUGAUUUCAAUUUGUUUUUAUCUUUUGUUUUUUUUUAUUACGUAUGAGAUGUACAAAUAUAAUUCUUUGCUAAUAUAUAUCAUCAAAUUAGGAAAACAAAUCUUAGGUUAAAAAUUACAAAUCAAGUGACAAAUUUGAUUCAAAACUUGUUUUGAGCAUUAGAUGUAGGGAGACUCAAAGUCGACUACUUUAUCGUACUGAUUUAUUUGUGUCAAGUGAAUCCAGAUUGAAAGUAAUGGGAUUUUAAAAGGGCCUAUGGACAGCUUUAAGAUGAAGAACGGUCUCAACUUCACUGCACAGCCCUACCUGGUGUUGUUUUUUUGCUUCUGUUUCCUUUUGUAAGACUUUACAAAGAGGGAUUGUUGGUGUUUUCUGAUGGUGCUAAACAUUUUAUCUAAACAAGAAAAAUAUAUUUGAUUGGAAAAGGAAUAAUGUCUUGACAAUGACUGUUUUUAAGUUCCUUGUAGUAACGGAAAAGAACUAUUAUUUCACUCAUAUAAAUAUAUUAACAAAGGCAUUUUAACUUUGUACUUGAAAAAAUAAGGAUAACAAAUAAUGAAAGGUUUCCUAUAUUGUUUUAGACUAGAGAUUGCUGUAGUUGGUGCUUAUCUGUGGGAAAAUUGUGUGAGAAAAAAAAAAAAAAAACGGUAAUAACUUUUACUGUAGCAUAAUGUAUGCUUAAUACACAUUGCUUCUUAAUCCUACAUUCCAUGCCGUAAUAUUCUCCAUGUCUGUUUUCAAAAUGUUGUUUUGAAUUAAGGUUUGUUUUUUUAUCGGAAAACAAGAUUUGAGUUUUACUGUUCAAGGCAGGUCAAUAAUUCUAUAUUCGGUGAUACUGUUGACACUGUGUGACUUUCUUUCUGUCAUAACUGUUAAUGGCCUAUACGCUUUUCCUCAAGACCAGUUCGUACAGCAAAUGUAGCAGUCAUUCUCCACUUCGACCGCCCCUUCCCCAUACUUAAGUUUAGUGUCCAGAGAGAAGAUAGAGUAUGUACUUGUGCUGGAGAACACUUGAAUAAAUGUAUUGUUUUUGUGCAAA